AUGUCCGCCCACGGCGCGAUCACCCGGGCCCUCGCGGGCCCCGACGCGGCGCCGCGCCGCGCAGUGCGCUCCGCGUCGCGCGCCAGGACCUCCACCGUGCCCAACGCAGCGUCCCGCGGGCGCGGAAACGGCGCCCGGCCGCGGUCCCGCAGCCCCGGCGUGGACCCCCGCGCGCAUGACGCCGCGAACAUCGCGGCCGCGCGCCAAACGAGCCCCCAGCGGCAGCGUUCGCGCAUCCGGUCGAAGCUGCACGCCGUCUCCACGCGCGAGGCGAAGCGCGCGCAGGAAGCCGCCACCGAGGCGCCUCCGCAGCGCGCAGACGGACCCGACGGACCGCGCGCGGCGCAGCCGCGCACCGCGUCGCCCGAGGCACGCACCCUGGAGCGCAUGUGGCGCCAGCCGGCCUCGGAGCCGACCGUCACACCCACCAGCGCCCCGCACCCGCGCGCGCCCUCCCGCAUCCGCCCGCCGGCGCGCCGGCAGCGCGCCGAGGUCCUCGGCGUCUUCGUCUCGCCCCAGCGCGAGCGCCCGCCGGCCUCCGCGGCCCCGCAGCUGCCCCCGCGGCACACCGUCUGCAUCCCAGCACCCAGCACGAAGACGCUGCACGCCGUCGCGCCUGCCCAGCCCAAGGCGCUCGCGCCGACGCAGCGCGUGCCGGCCCCCGGCGCGCUCACGCCGGCGCCGCGCGCGAGGCGCGCCGCGGCCGUGUGCAGCGUCGUCGCGCCGCAGCGACGCCGCACUGCCGCGUCGGACGUCGUGCUGACUCAGCCGCCGGUCCUGACGCCGCCGAAGGACGCGGUGGACCCCGUGGCGCUCGCGGCGAUGCUCGCGGUCGGGUCCGCGGUGAGCAGGCUCCUCGAGGCGGCGCCGCUGCGCGCGCCGCGGGCGCGGGCGCCUGCGGUGGUGUGCGGGGUGUUCGGGUGGCAGCGCCGCGUCGAGGCGGCGGCGAAGAAGGUCGCCGUGUCGGCGAAGAAGGCGCAGCCGGCGGUGCGGAUCCGGCCGCGCGCUACGACGUGCGGGGUGAUGGCGGCGCGCGCGCAGGGCAAGAGGGAGGUGCGCGCGGCUGCCGUGGGCGCCGGCAUCGACGACGAGCUGGCGGCGAAGCUGGUCGCGAUGCUCGCGGGCGGCGCCGCGGAGGCGGUCGCCGCCGCGGGCAGCGAGGCGGCGCCUGCGGAGGCCGCGGUGGCGGCGGCGGAGGGCGCGGGCCCGGCGCGGCCGGAGCGCGCGGCGGCGCGGCGCGAGGCGACGGUCAACCGCGUGUUCGUGGCGCGGCGCUGA